CCUCAGUACAACUGGGAGGAUAUAACAGACAGUUUUACUGAGGCUGCGUCUGAAUUGAAACUGGGUGAGCUUGUACAUGACAACAUAUUUGGCUUGUUUGAAGCCAUGUCAGCAAUUGAGAUGAUGGAACCCAAAAUGGAUGCUGGAAUGUUAUGUAACAAAGCUAAGAAAGUUCUUCAGUUUGAGCCAGCAGUUAAGGCUGAUCUUGUAAGAAUCAAAGACUUAACUCCCAAAGAACUUAUUGGUAUCAUGGAUGAAUUGAUAGCUUGCUUGGAGGAUUUUCAAGCAAUUACCUAUGGAUUUAAAUUUGCAACUCAAGUGACAGAAACAAGAGCUGCAGGUAUGCUGAAAGAGGCAGAAGAUGAAGUUGGUAGAAAAUUGAAGCCAUUGAAGACCACACUGAGGGAAGAACCUAACUGUGACUUGGAUGCUGUGCAGAGUCAAGUUAAGGAAUAUGAAGCUGUUUUAGCAAGAUUAAAGUUCUAUAAAGCAUUUUACCUCACUUUAGUUGCUCUGGAAAAGUCAGAGGAUCCAGGUAUCACUGCAGCUAAGCAGUCAUUAAGCACUGCACUGUCUCUUAUUGAACCAAUCAGAAAGACUGUGGAGUUAGGAAUUCAACCUGUAUCAACUGACGAUAACAGACAAGGUAGUAUAAUGGGUUUUGAACCGCUUGUCAAUCAGAGACUUUUACCUCCGUCCUUUCCGAGAUAUACAGCCAUCUUUGGUCGACACCAGGCUAUUGAUUACACCGAAGAAAUGGUCAAAAGAUUUCUUCAUAUCUGUGAUGUAGUGAGCUAUGCGUCGCUUCACAUUGUAAUUGUAGGUGGAUCUUCUUAUAUCAAGCAAAAGCACGGAUAAACACAGAUUCUUAGUUACUCCUAUCUCGAACUUCUUGUUUGGCGCAACAAUAAUCUUUUGGGAAGAGCUGAAACAAUCAGAGAUGCAAUCAGAGCAUUUAACAGUCCACCCUCCAUUGCUGAAAAAUCCUCACUCAGUACCAAUCCCAAAGCAAAUGACCUGGCUGAUAGUUUUAUCAACAGAGCUGUCAGGCCUGUGAAGUCCAUUAUCCAUGCUCUCGGCCACAAUCGUGCUCGGCAGAGAGACAAGUUGGCACAUCUUUUGGAGGAGUUUGCCGCUCUUCAGGAUGAAGCAGACAAAGUAGAUGCGCAACUUCAUAAUUUGUUAAUCAAAGUAGAGCCUCAGCGUCAACACUUUGCUUGUUUUGGUUCAUGGGUGUUGUACCAUACACUGAACAUCAUGAUUCAAUACCUGUUGUCUGGGUUUGAGUUGGAACUAUACGGUCCUCACGAGUAUCACUACGUUUUCUGGUACUUAGACUUCUUGUUUGGGUGGCACAUGACGUGCCUUAAUCGCGCUGAAAAGUUACUGCAGGCUCAAGAGACCGCACUUGAGCAGAGAAGUGGUCGGAGUGGAAAGAAAAAUAAAAAGAAAAAGAAGGCGAGUGAAAAAGCAAUACAGGAACACCAAGGAAUGUGGCACUUAUAUCAAGGGAUGAGGCAUCUAUGUCAAGGAUAUCUCAGGGCAAUUGAAGGAUUUGAAAUGCAAAACAAAACAAGAAAGCCAGCGGAUAAAUUUGGUUCCGAACAGACUCGUUACGAGCGCCGUUUCAUGCCAUUCCAAGCUGUGGAUACCCCUCAGCCGAUGUACUACGCUCACUACAAGGAGUAUAGUAACAUGUCUAAGAUGAAUGCAUCGCAGAACACAGACUUGUUUGUGAUGGCGUCAAAUUCAUUUCAGCAAGCGAAGUCCAUUUUUGAAGUUGUUAAUAAUGUACAUAGUGAGGUUGCUUUGUUGCUGAAAGUCACGAAGACAAACCUUGUUGUCACCAAACUGGCUGCUGGAGGCCACAAGCAUGACUCAGCGAUUCCACCAGAGUUUGACUUUCAAUGCCACCGAGCCUUUCCAAUCAUCAGGUUAAAGUAAAAUUCGCGGAUCCAAAUGAGUUUGAUUUCCAAGAAAGACAGUUUGCACCUCGUGCAUGAAGAAGGUUAUGCAAAUCUAUCGAAUACGUGACAUUUUAUUCAAAGGCUUCUUGGCUUGUUCUAUGAUGACCAAGGCCAUUGGCUUCCAUUCUUUUAGCCUGCAGUGCGGGCAUAUUUUGGGCGCACGAGUGCACAUUUUCGUAUUAGGCCGCCAUCUUAGAUUUGGUAACUGUGGAGGAUU